GCAGUUCAGUGAACGGGAGUCCCUAACUAAGAUAGCACGUCUUCUUUUUUUUUGUUAAAAGUUAAGUUAUGGAAGCGUUUAUUGAAGGGGUUCGGUUACAACCUUGCUUAUGGAACCCUUUACAUCCCGACUACCGUGAGAUGCACGUCAAGGACGAUGCCUGGCAAUGUGUCGUUGAUCAUUAUAACAACAGCACUAUACCAAAUAUACAAGUGGCUAAAAUAGAAUGGAAGAAACUAAGAGACAACCAUCGGGAUGCACUUAAAAGGGCCAAGUUAGGAAAAAAUAAAUUACUACCUGCACAAAUAACUACAUGGAAGUAUGCUAAAGCUAUGCAAUUCCUAGAACCACAUAUGAAGUACCGUAUCACAGAAAAUAUAGAAUUUGAACCACCCUCUGUGCCUACGUGUAGUUCGAAAAAUUCCGACCAUGAUGUAUCGACUACUGAAAAUGGUGAAAGUAAUCUCGCCCCCGUGUCUAAACGACGCUGCUUAGACUGUAAAGUGGACUACCGGCAAGACUCGGAUGCUCUGGAAUCAUUCUUCAACUGUAUACUUCAGAGUACAAAAACAAUGCCGCAGUGGAUGCAGACCCAAGUUAAGAAGAAAAUAUUUGCGAUAAUCAUCGAUGCAGAGGAAAAGUUAUCCGUACAAAAUCACGUGGAAAGCGAUAGAGAUCAUCACGAAAACGUGCCGAUGGAAAAAGAAAUAAAAACUGAAAUUUUCACUGAAGACAGUUAUGACAAUGACUAUUCAUAAUAAAAAAAUUUUAGGUACCAGUGCCUUGAAGUUAUUUUAAUUUAUUUUUAUACUACUCUAGAACAGUCUGGACAGUAAAUACUUAUAGGCACAUGUUUAAAUUUAAGGGACGUCCCUUUAUUUACUAAAUUUAGGUACUAAAUUUUAGAAAGCAUAGCUUUAUAGUGAAAAGCUGUUAAACAGAAAUUUAAAAACUUUUAAUUUUAAAAGUUAGCUGUUGUCCAACACUGAGAUGAAUAAUUUAUUUAUUUAUUUAUAAUAAUAAAAAAACUAUUUUAUUUUCCACAUUCUUAAUUUGAAUGUGUCCGUGUCAAUUCAAUGGUAAAUUACUAUUAAGUUGUGACGAUUGUUUGAAUGCAAGUUCUCUGAUGUCAUGACCAUUGAUGUGUUGUUGUUGAUCUCCGUUGGUGUAGUUAAAAUUAAGUAUAAAACCUUUUCGGAUCAUACUUCUUAUUUAAAGAUUUUGUGCAUACUUCUACAAAAAAAAAAAAUAAUAAUAAUUAGACAAGCUUAUUGUACAUUAAGCAGGUAUAUCAUAAAGAUUUGCUAAUAAAAGAGUAAUGAACUUAGAAUAUA